CAAAAAGUGAAAAAUUGGCGCUCAAUGUGAGAACUGAGAAGCAGAUAAGGCCUGAAGCGGUAACAGAAACACGACCGUCUACCUCAGUUCGUCCAUCCUCACCGUGAAUCGUACUGUCGAAGCAGAUCAGCAGGGAAGAAGACAAGUUGAGCCCUACUUCCACUCACACUUGUCUGCGUUCUUCACUUCGCCGUAAAGUUCGUAAUCGGCCGAAUCGACCCUGCAGCUUCUUAUUUCGCAGACCGCAGUUUCCCUGCUGCCCCCGUUCGCCUGUGCUUCAAUUUUUAGGUAUGCAUUUUACUUUCAUUUUUAUUGUUGUAUUGUUUUAUUUAGUUCAGCUUUAUGCCCUUAUUAUUUCUGGAAUUUAAUGGUUGUGGUUAUUGUGAAUUCAUUAAGAUUUCUCCCUAGAUUUCUGGAAUUCACUUGUGAAAUUUUAGGUGGCUGUGAAUUCUGAGUUCGGAUUUAGUUCGGUACAAUUCAGAUCCGCAUGGUUGAACCAUGAAUACUGAAUGGAAUCCAAAUUCCCUGAGAAGAGAUCCGAAUUCUAAAACCACGGUGGCUAACAGAGUGCCAUUUACAGACAUCUCAAACUUUAAUAUCACUCCAAUCGAGACUCUUCGCAAACUCUGCUCCUCCUCCACUACUAAUGCCUCCAGUGCCCCCUCGUUUGGGACCUACUCCUCCAGCACUGAAUCAACCAUUCUGAAAUCCCCAAUUUCAGUCUUGCUGUCGGACACCAGUGUCGGAUCCUCCUCUCCUGUCCUAAUACAGAACGCCAGAAAGCUCGGGUUAUCUGCUCCUCUUCGCAUCCCUGUCUCGUCUCGUUCAUCACAUAGCACUUCAGGUUCUGCAGAUGGUGAACCAGAAGUUUAUGGUCAAAGUGAGACUCUCUCAAAACCUACAGGAGAAAGUGAUGCUACAGUUUUUCACUGCUCUACAAUUCGUAAAAAUAAAAGGGGCAAAGUAGAUGUAGUUUCUGAUGGUAGCAAGAAGGAUUGUAUGGAUCAUGCUAGCCAACUUUCAGUUGAGAAAAAAAAGAAUAAAGGAAAGCAAAGUAUUAGUUCGCCCAGUUCCCCACCUCCCAAGGGUAAGAAGGACAGACGAAUUCCAUGUGAAAAAGAUGCCAGUAUUUGUGAUAAAAUAAUGGCCAACGAACUGUCUGAUGCACCCAUCAAAUGCUCAACAUUAAGGAAGACCAGGGGAAGAAGAAAGUUGGACAAUUCUGUUUUUAGUUGCCCUCCUUUGCCACGCACAAGGAAUAAUAGGAGCAAGGCUAUUGAAGCUGGUGAAGCUGAGUCAUUAGGAUCAUUGACUGAUCCCAACAAAAAGCUUCCCAAGAAGAGGUCUUCUGGGAAGCAGCAGCCUUUUAAUAACUGGUCUUUCGAUAAAGAUUUUGUAGAAAAACAAAAAGCAUAUUUUAAAGAAAUUGAUGACUUCGAACUGGAAGUGGAGGAAGACACAGAGUGAUUAUUAGAAGAGCAGACGAGGAGUGUGGGGUAGUGCACGUUGGUUGGUUUUUUGUAAUCUAAAUCUAAUGCGCUUGACAAUUGACAUAUGUACAGCUCGAAGAAGAUAUGAUGUGUAUAUUUCUUCAACUCUGCUAUAGGUACCCCAAUUGGUACCCCAAUUUGUACCUCAACCAUUUUUUGUGGCUCACAAAAGUCCACCUCAAUAAAUGAAUUGCA